AGAGCAGCUUACUGGCUUCUAACUGCUAACACAUCUAGUACUCCUCUGGGUGAAUGAAGACGCAUGAUCCAGCUCACUGGAAAGCAGGUUACCUUCAAAAAUGAGUGAAACUACAUCUACCAAUAUCUCGGUGGCUCCAGCCAACUCUACAGAAAGCAUACCAGCUUUUUCUACAAGGAAUUCACGAAUGACAGGUCCUGGUUUCACCAAAAGAAUAUGUUUCUACAAAAGUGGAGACCCACGCUUUAAUGGAAUAAAAAUGGUUGUGACCAAUCGAUCAUUCAAGACAUUCGACGCAUUGCUAGACAGCCUCUCCAAAAAAGUACCCCUACCUUUUGGAGUAAGGAAUAUAACAACUCCACGAGGCAUACACCCCGUAACCACUCUAGAGGAACUUGAAGAUGGUAAAUCCUAUAUUUGUUCCCAUCAAAAAAAGAUUAAGCCAAUAAACCUUGAAAGAGCAAGCAAGAAACCAUUGCUGUGGCAGAGCAGCAGACCAAUCAGCGCACGGCGCCGAGCUAUGCAGGGGACUCGGCAAAGUGAGGUUACCCCAUUUCAAAGGGAAAACACUAUUGUACUUAGAAGCUCAAAGAACUUUGUUGUAUACAAAAAUGGAGAUAAAGAGUUUAAACAGAAUUUUGUACUGAAUAAGAAGUCUAUACAAAACUUUGAUGCCUUUCUGGACCAAAUCUCAGAGACUUUGCAGUUUCCAGUCUUUAAACUAUACAGCAUUGAUGGAAGAAGGAUUCUUAGCACCCACGCUCUCCUGCUGAGUUCUGGAACAAUAGUGGCAGCCGGCAGAGAGCCUUUUAAGGCAGUAAAUUAUGAGUCUGAGGCAGAGUAUCUUCCUGCUAAAUUACCUGGGAUCUACCAGCGCGUCUUUCCUAAAUCAAGAACAAAACCAGAAAUGAGAAGCCCUGGAAAAUGGAAAGUAUCAGUUUUCACUAGUGAAAUGCCUUCUGCUGGGACCACGUCUCAAGUGUACAUCAUAUUUUAUGGACAUAUCAGAGCAUCAGUGCCUGUCUUUCUGCAUAGUAAUGAAGACGAUGUAUUCCAGAGUGGCCAUGAAGAUACUUUUCAAGUUAACAUAGGAGAUGUUGGUGAGGUUUAUAAAAUCCGUAUUGGACACACUAACUCUGGAGAAUCCCCUGGCUGGCACUUAGAAGAGGUGCAGCUGUUAAACAUUUUUUCAAAUGAGCAAUUCUGCAUGAAAGUAAACCGCUGGCUUUCACAAGACAAAGACGAUGGAGAAAUCUGCAUGGAGUUACCUCUGAUGAGACAUGGUCAUACCAAGCUGCCAGUGACAAAGUACAAACUACAGGUGGUCACUGGAGAUCUAUGGAAUGCAGGAACUGAAGCCAACGUCUACAUGUCUUUGUAUGGGGAAUAUGGUGACACAGGUUCCAGACAAUUGCUGAGAUCCAAUAAGCCAACCCCUUUUAUUAAAGGACAAACUGAUACAUUCUCUCUGGAAGCUGUGCAUCUUGGUGACUUGCACACAGCCGUCAUAGGUCAUGAUGGACUUGAACCAGGUAAUGGCUGGUACCUGGAGAAAGUGAUGGUUCAUGAUGAAUUAAAAGACAAGGACUAUACCUUUUUCUGUAACAGGUGGCUUGAUGAAGGAGAGGAAGAUGGGAAAAUUGUAAGGAAACUAUUCAUCUCAGAUGAAGCUGAUUUUCCAGCCAGACACGAACUUGAAGUCAAGAAAAAUGAAGUGUGGAAUGCUGAGAAAUGGAAGUAUCAGCAUGAAAACUGUGUACAGCUCUACUGUAAAGCAACAAGGAAAUUCCUCCGGCUCACACCGGAUGGCAGAGUGGAUGCUCUUGGGGACAAGAAGGAUAAAUAUGGUUUUUUUUACGUAUUGGUAAAAAGAGGAAAGGUUCGUGUUUUCAGAAGCCAUCACAUCAGACAUCUUGCUUUGGCAAUUGACAAGGGAAAAGUCACUGCAAUGGAUAACAGCGGAAUCCUGUGUGAGCUUGAAGUUCAUAUUCAGGUCAACCGAUGUGUUACUUUGGAGUCUACCAGAAUGCCAGGUAUGACCAUUUCCUUUACCAGUGAUGGAGAACCGGCAGAUGAUAACAUCAGAAGCUAUGCUGAAUUAUCCACAGAAUUUGCUGCACAUGUUAAGGGAGUUUUCCACAGUGGGGCUAUAAUUGUGCUGUCCACCAGCUGGAGCCAGGCUUUAUGUCUGAGACGCGAUGGCAUCCUCAGUGGGGCAGAAAAGCAGAAUGUGGAGUCAUACUGGAGAGUGCAUAAGAUAGGCCCUGCUGUGUGUAUGUUUGAAAGUGUGACACAGCCCAGAAUGUUUCUGCAAAUACAAAAUGGCAGUUGUGAUGGAGACGGCAGAGGGGAUGACUACUGUCAUUUCAAAGUGGAAAAAAGCUAUGAAAAUGGAUCUGUUACGUUGGAAAGUGUAAGGAGCAAAGGAAUAUAUGUCGGACAGUUAUCCAAUGGAUUCACCAAGCCUAUGAUACACACAGGAGAGAAGAACAUUGUGUUUUACCCACAAGUCAUUAAAUUUGGCAGAGAAAAGCCUAUGGGAACAUCUGCGAAUCUCAGCCAGAAAAAGGAAGAGGUCCUGAAACAACCUGAAGUAAUUGCUGAAACACAGGGUCUCGUGGCUCGCAGUCCAUCUGUAUCACCCGCAACGAGCAACAAUGGUAGGAAGCUCAGUAGCAAUGGAAAUCCUACUUAUUCUUCAGAUCAGUGGAAAGUUUCCAUCCUGACAGGCAGUGCUGGAACAUCAGCUGAUGUCACCCUGUGGGUGUAUGGCAGCAAAGGGAACACUGGUCCUAUCACCCUAGCAACUGGCAACAAAGAUCACCUCUUUCAACCUAGACAAGAAGAUGAUUUUAUGGUAAGACUAUCAAACAUUGGGAAAAUAUACAAGAUAAGAAUAGCACAUGAUGGAAGUGGUCAUCACCCCGACUGGGAGCUGGAACGGAUAAUUCUCCAGAAAAUGAAAAAUGGAAAAACAUUCACUUUUGAAGCUAACAGGUGGUUGUCAAAAAGUCGUGGAAAUGGUGAACUUGUGUGCGAGCUUCCAGUCAUGGAAAAUAGCGCAUUUAUUUUUCCAGUUGUGAAAUAUGAGGUCAUUGUCUAUACUGGACAUUUGGAACAUGCCGGAACAGAAGCUUCAGUUUAUAUUUGCAUCUUUGGUGAAAAUGGAGACUCGGGAAAAAGACCUUUGUUUAGAUCUGAUUUAUUAAGUCCAUUCCAGCAAGGACAGGUUGAUGUGUUUGAGAUUGAAGCCGUGUCACUUGGGAAGCUGCAGACCGCGCUCAUAGGCUGCAAGGCCAAUCACAAGUCACAGUACUGGUAUUGUGAGAAAGUAAUCAUCAGGGAACAAGGAGGACUCUCAGAAUAUUGCUUCAAUUGUGAAAGGUGGCUUCCUUAUAUGUCUGAGGGCUCUCUUCAUUCAGAAAUUGAACUUCAGGAGCAAGAAGUAGAACCGUCUAAUGAAGAGGAACGCUCUGCUGAAAUCAAUGAAGGAGAAUGGAAGAUCACAGUCGUAACCGGCAAUUUCCCUAAUGCUGGCACUGAUGCUACGGUUUUCCUUUAUGUCUACGGUGAAGAAUCAAAUUCUGGUCCCAUCAUGUUGGGAUCAGGGAAUCAUCAGCUGUUUAAUAUAAACAGCGCUGACACAUUUCAGAUUAAUUUAAAAUAUCUGCAGAAGCCAUAUAAAAUCCGCAUUGGACAUGACAAUUCAGGAGAUAAUCCAGAGUGGUAUUUAGAGGAUAUAAAAUUGGAGAAUCUUUCCUCUGGCCAAGAGUACUACCUACCUGUAAAUCGAUGGAUUGGAGAGCGACAAGAUGAUGGAGACACAUGGCGAGAGCUGCCUCUAUCAAUAGAUGGCAAUGAUCCAUUAGUGUUGCUGGAUUAUGAGAUUCAUGUUUAUACAGGCAACAUUUCUGAUACUGAUGCAGAAUAUACUGUUUAUAUCAAUAUCUUUGGAAAUAAGGGGGAUUCUGGCAAACGCAAACUACAUAAAAGCAAGUUUCAAACUUUCAAGUUUCAGAGAGGACAGGUUGAUGUUUUUUCCGUUCAAGCAGUUUCAUUGGGAAUACUCCAGAAAAUCAAGAUGAGUUGUGAUGGAAGUAACAAAGGCAAAGGAUGGUUUCUGGAUAAAGUCAUCAUACUAUAUACAGAGAAUGGAUGUGACCACAAAGUUUUAUUUCCAUGCAACAGGUGGCUGGAUGAGAAGCAGGAAGAUGGGAAAACGGAGAGAGUACUGUUUGUUAGUGAAAGGGAAAAUCCGGAAGAAGACAUGGAAGGCACAUUGUGGAUUGUACAAGUAAAAACGGCAAAUGGUUCUUCACAGAGUAAUGAGUUAAAAGUGCGUUUUAUCGUUUAUGGAACAGAUGGGAAAACAAGUGACAUUCCUCUUGUGCCACAAACAGCUGAAGAAGUGUCUUUUCUUCCUGACUCAAAAGAUGAGUUUGUUGUGAAAUUCGAAGAUGUUGGUGAGAUAUAUAAAAUGCGAAUUGUCUGUGAUCAUUUACCCACUGCACCAGGGUGGCAUUUGGAAAGUCUUUGUAUGGUGGGGCAGCAAACUGGACAAGAAGUACAAUUUGACUGCAACUGUUGGCUAACAGCAGAUAAUGAAGAGGAGGAAACUAUUAAAGAAUUUCGGGUAAUGAAUAAUCAACAAGAACUGUUGCCAGUACACCAGUAUAUAGUAGCUGUGCACAUUGGUGAUCACUGGGGAGCAGAAACCUUGGCGAAUGUGUAUAUAACUGUCUAUGGAGAGAGAGGAGACUCAGGAGCAAGGAGACUUUCCAAAUCACAGAUCCCUGGAGACAAAUUUACACGAAACAAGACUGACUGUUUUGUGUUGGAGGCGGUGUCUUUGGGGCAGCUGCGAAAGGUGGUGAUUGGACAUGACAGGGAAGGCUACGGAGCAGGAAUGUAUAUGAGGAUGGUCACAGUAAAAGAAUCUCAAGACUCUCUUAGUGAAUGGGUGUUUGUACUGUGGAACUGGCUCGAUAGUCAUCUGGGAUUAUGCCAGACAGUUUGCAAACUGUACACACAAGGCAAGAGAUUAUUAACAAGCCCCAAACCUAUUGCACAGUCAGGAGGCUCAUGGAUAAUUGAUAUUACUGGCUCCGGAUUUGAGACUAUGGAGACUCUGAACCGAUUUUCUAUUAUGUUUUAUGGUCAAUUGGAUAAAGAACAAGUGGAAGUAACAAUUAGUGGAAACACACUGCAGAUAAAGGAAGAGCUGCUAGUAGAAUCCCUGUGUAAAGUACACGUUUCCUGGUCCCGUGCACAGAUUUUUAAGUCAUGGUAUUUAUCAUCAAUACAUAUGAAACACACAGUGACUAAUCAGGAGAUGUGGUUAAGCUUUAAUUGCUGGAUGAGGCCUAAUGAGGAUAGAUGUGUGGAGGUCCCCGCUCUCUAUCCUGACAAGGAUCCUCUCCCUGUGGUGGAAUAUACAGUUUCUGUGCAUACUGGUGAUACAAUGGAUGGGGAAAGCACUGGCAGAGUGUACAUUUGCAUUGAAGGAGAAUGUGGAGAAACAGGAAAUAGAGUUCUAAAUGAGUCAGGCACCGAUGUCAUUUCCUUUUCUAAAGGACAGGUGGAUAGCUUUGGAAUUAAAGCUGUAUAUCUAGGCAAACUCCAGAGGAUUGUACUUGGCUUCAGCAAUUUGAAAAAAGAGUCAUGGUUUCUGGAAAAAAUCACUGUUAAAGAAGAUUAUACUUGUACAAAUGACACAUUUUAUCACAAUGACUGGGUCACUUCCCAUGCCAGCAAAGAGUUCACUGAAUCUGUUAUUAUGCUAAAAGAAUCAGCCGUGGAAUGGAACAAGAUAAAAUCUUUCAAUACUCCUACAAAUGGGGUGUGGCAGCUACAAGUGCUAGCUUCCUCGGCAUUAGAGGAAGACGUGGAUCUUUCCGUUGUUGUGUUUGGUAAACAUGGGAAAUCACCAUUGCACAAAGUGACUAAUCUGAGCUAUCAUCCUUUCUUGCUGAAUAUUGGAGACAUUGGGGAUAUAAUAAAGGCCUCGUUCCUAUCCACGGGUCUGAGCUCUGGGAGAAGACUUCAGCUGCAGAAGGUUCGCAUGAGAGAUGUUGACACUAAACAAGAAGUAAGCUUUUAUCCUGAUGAUGUGCUCUUACCUGAUGAGGAUGGCUCAGAGAGUGUGGCAGAGGUGGCAGCUAUUCUACCUAAUACACCACCAUUGCCUGAAGUCACUUAUGCAGUUUACACCAGGACGGGGCAUUUCCCUGCAUCUGGUACGGACGCAGACGUUUUUAUUACAAUAUAUGGAGAAAACGGAGAUUCUUGUAAAAGAAGACUGAAACACUCAUCCUUUCCUCGAAUAUUUAGCGUGGGGAAGGUAAAUGUCUUCAGAAUAAAGGCUUUGGACCUCGGCAUGCUGACUAGAGUGCACAUUGAACACAACGCUGUUGGUUAUGGAGCUGGAUGGUAUCUAGAUCAAAUCACCAUACAGGAGUCAGAUAAGGCGGAUAUUAAAUACUUGUUUCCAUGCCAACGGUGGUUAGACACUGCAAUAAAUGACAAACAAACUGACUGUGAGUUGAGGCUUCUUGGAAAUUUCAACAGAACUAAUGAAAAACUACUUUCAUCCACUGAAGGAACACUCAAUGUCUUGAUUGUGACUGCUGAUAUGCCAAAUUCUGGAACCAAUUCUACUGUGAUGUUAACAAUCUGCUGUAACAAGGGAAAUUAUGAGCCAGUCGAGUUUGCCAAAGGCACACUGACAGCGGGCAACACAUCGCACACCACAGUGCAUCUCACCAGGAAUCUCGGAGUGAUACAAAAAAUCCGUUUGGAAAUGAAAGAUGAUGAAAAAAAUAACAGCUGGUAUUGCAAAAUGGUGAAACUGCAGCAUCAAGAAAGUGAUGAAAUUCUGGAAUUUCCAUUUCUACAAACCUUCAGCAGUAAAGAAAAUAACGUAGUGGCGGAACUACCAGCUCUGAAUCCUUCUGGUCCUUUAUUAACAGUGAAGACCUAUGAACUAUCUAUUAGUAUCAGUCAAACAUCAAAGCCAACUGUAGAUGCAGUUCUCUUCGUCACAUUGACUGGAAGCCUAGGAAACACCGGAAGACGAAAGAUUGUUUAUAAAAAGAGAAACGUGUCUUCCAGACAGAAGACAGUUGGAUUUCAAUUGGAAGCUGUUGACAUUGGUGUAAUGCAUGAACUGCUCAUAGAAAAAGAAAAGCAAACUAAUUUACAGCUGGAGAAAGCUGUGGUCGAGGAGGGAUCAUUCAUCAAGAACAAAUACAUCUUUAUAGCCCAGCCGUGGAGAAAAGAAAAAACUGAAAUGGUAUCCAUGACUCUGCGAGUGACAGAAAAGAAAGAAUCCAGCAGUUCAGUUUCUUUUCUUUAUGAGAGUCAGUCCAUGACAUCCGAUGGGGAAUGGAACAUUUAUUUAACAACAUCAAGUGAAGAAACCCAAGUGGAACAAACUGUGGAGGAUAAUCCACAAUUGACAAUUGUGUUUUACGGUGACAAAGGCAGGUCGAACCCAAUCAUUAUAGAAAGGAAAGACUCAUCUCAGUGUAUGGAUACACUGGUUUACAAGGUGAAUCUUACUUAUGAUUUAGGAGAAUUAUUUAAAGUGAGGCUGGGCAUUGAGGACUGGCGAGAAGACCUGAGGCGGUUAUCCUUGUACCAUCUGAAAAUGCAGAAUGCAAAAACCUUGGAUACUUUUAACCAGUCAAUAAAUAAAACGCUUCCUCUUUCAAUAAGCGGAGACAGGUGGAUUGAAGUCCCAGUAGAAUGGCCUGUAAAAACCUCUCUUUCUGCUGUUACAUAUCAUAUAACUUUAUAUACUGUUGAUAUGCUGGAAAACAAAAAUAAGUUGCGUCUUGGAAUGUGCUUGCAUGGGAAACAUGGUGACACCGGACACAGAUAUGUUACCUGGCAGCAUGCACAGAAAGAGAAUGGAGAUGAGUCAUUUACAGCUGUAUUAGACGCGGUUGAGCUAGGAGAAGUACAUCAGGCUGACAUCUCAGUAAGCAGCAGCGAUGAUUGCAAGCUGCAUAUUAAAAGGAUUCACAUUAUGGAACCUUCAAGCAAAAAGCUCUAUGUGCUUGAUGUAAAUGAGGAUUUUUCAGUUGGUGCCAAUGAACCAGAGAAAAGAAAACAAGUUCUCAUUUCCCAAGUUGUCCAUGACCAGCCGGCUAUCUUCAAUGAAAUGGGAAGUAUGGAGGAAAAGCUGGAGGAUCAGGAGAUUAUGGUCUACACGGGUGAUGUUAUAGGAGCAGACACAGAUGCCAAUGUUUAUAUCACCUUUUUUAGUGAUAAUGGAAACUCAUUUGGACCCAUCCAGCUAAAUAAACCACUAGAAGAUAGAAAUCAUUUUAAAAGGGGAAAGGUUGACACAUUUAAGGUCACCACAAAGAACAUAGAAAGAAUCUCCCAUAUUGAAAUAGGUCAUGAUGGAAAAGGAUUGGGUAGCGGUUGGUUCCUGGAAAAGAUUGAGAUCCUCAAGUUAUCCACAAAUGAGAUUACAGUAUUCUCCUGCAACAGGUGGCUAGCUGAGGAUGAAGAUGACGGAUGCACUGCAAUACAGAUUUACUCCUAAAAGGUGUUUUACCAAGCUGCCGACAUUCACGCUGACUGCUCCCAAUGUUUCUCUUUCAGUAUUUUCCAAUAGUUCUUGGGUUCUACCAAUCUCUUCUCAUUCCCAUACAUUAAGUGACUAAAGGCUUGGAAAUAUACUGUAUAUUUGUCAACUGUCUAAACAACUAUACAGUAUUUACUAUUUACCCAGUAAAUAUAUUGAUUAGGAGUCUUUCUAAUGAAAACUCGUUAUUUAUAUAUAUCAUGGUAAUCUCAAUGGAAAACCCAAAAUAGGAUGAAAAAAACUCAGUGGUCACCAAACCAAAAUGUCACAGCAUAUGGGGGGGUUACAAAAGUAUUCAACCCCCUAAGAAGGCAGCAGCUUUGUCUGUAUUACAAAUGCCAUUUACACAGAUGUUCCAGACAGUAUUUGUAUUGCUAACCAGUAAGCUCCUAAAGUCAAUUUUAAACUCAUUUUUAUUACAGAUAAAUCUGUUGUCUUUACAGUUGUUUGAAUACUUUUGAAAAACACUAUAUAUAUAUAUAUAUAUAUAUAUAUAUAUUUUAUAGAUAUAAAA